CUAUGUGAACGGACGGUGACAUGUUUUGUUGUUGAGCCGCGUUGCAGGUUUCGUCUGUUGUUACGAAACGGUUAAUAUCUGCCUGUAGACGUGAACAUACUCACACCGCUACAGCUGAGACCUUACUCACAACAGAUGGAAAACAAAUUAAAAAAUACCCUGAAACACAUCAGCAUGAUCAUAGUAUCACCAAAAUAUGUUUAUAUAGUCUCGAACAUUAUGUUUUUUGGUGUCUAAUACAGUGGUGUGUGGUGGGAGCCACUGCGCAUGCGUUGUGUGAAGCAACGAUGUGCACUGUUUCCAGUGCGCGUUCCCGCUUAUCUACCUGUUAAUUGCUGUGUAAUUGAUCCUGAAUGAAGCUGAGUGACGUGGCAGCGCGUUUUAAUCAGGCAUUUAAUGGAAAUUAAUUAAUUAAGCUUCUUUAUAUGAAGUCGUGGUGAUGUGCACGUGGAUUUAAUAUGUAAAUAAUCAAGGAGCACACAGCAGAGAAGCUGAACUCUUAUUUUAUACAUUUAUACGUUUUAAAUCAGUAUGUAAAAGGUGAUUAUUAUCAGAGGUGGGUAGAGUAGCCAGAUAUUGUACUCAAGUAAGAGUACUGAUACUUUAGAACAAUAUUACUCAAGUAAAAGCAAAAAGUAGUCAUCCAAAUAAUUACUUGAGUAAGAGUAAAAGAGUAUUUGGUGAAAAAACUACUCAAGUACUGAGUAACUGUUGAGUAACGUCUGAUUUAUUUGUAAAAUAAGAACAUGAACGUAAUCAAUCAAUCAAAAAUAAUAACCUGCAAAUUCAUGUUUUUUAAACGAAACCCCUUUAACUAAAACAAAAAUAAAUUAAAUCUUUACAAACAUAACCUAAAUCAAGGCACAAGAAACACAAAUAUAUUCUUAUAUAUACUGUACAUAUAUAUAUGUAAUCAUGUACUCAGAGGUGGGUAGAGUAGCCAAAUACUGUACUCAAGUAAGAGUAUUGUUGCUUUAAAACAAUAUAACUCAAGUAAAAGUAAAAAGUAUUUUGCAUUAAAACUACUGUGAAAAGUACAAUUUAUCCAAAAAGUUACUCAAGUAAAUGUAACUGAGUAAAUGUAACUAGUUCCUACCCACUGAUUAUUAUAUCUGUAUCGUUUUUUAUUUUAUUAUUUCUAUGUCUGUUAUUUUUUGGGGGGCGGCAGUGGCUCAUCCUGUGGGAACCUGGGUCGGGAUCAGGAAGGUUGUGGGUCCAAGUCCCUGUCCAGACCCAACAUGGAGUGUGGAGUGUGAAUAAAAAUAACUCCAAUAAAUCUUACUUGUAGAACUGUACUGUAUUUGAAUCACAAAAUUGUAACGUCACAGUAAUAAAAGGCUGCUAUCUCAGCACCUGCUCGUCUGUGCUCACCUUUUCUCCCUGAUAUUUUAAGAUCCAGGUGUUCAGGAGGUUUUUCCCAGGAGUCGAAUCGUCCGCAGAGGUCUCUUCAUGUCCAAAACAAACGGACCAGGAGAUUAUAACCGCUACAAACAAUGAAUAAAGCAGUGUCAGGAUAAAAGUCAAAGCUUUUCACCUUGUCGGAGAGGGGUUGCUAACUACUUAGCCACUUGCUAGCAAUAACUGCCUUUUUAAAGACACACAGGAGCCUCAAAGUUCAUAAGUGGGGUUUUUACUGAUGUAUUUCAUGUCACAGAACAAAACCUGAAAAUCUCUUGUUUCUCUUGUGUCUCUUAUAAAAGGCAUUUAACCAAAAAAACAUUCAAAAAAACUGCUGAGACAGGGAACCAGGAGUGGUAAAAUGCUCCCACUGACUCAUCCCUUAAAGAAACCGCACUGAAUAUUUGCCUGUGUAAAAGUUAACGAUCACAUGACCCUAGUGUGAAACUCUGAAGCUGAAGUUUCAAGUCUUGGAGUGCUGGCGUGUGUGAGAGUCCUGGGUGCAAAUUCCUGUAAUUUCUGCAGCAGAGAAGUGAGUGACAUUAUGUGAGGAGGGAUUCAGGUCACUGUGUUACUUGUUGCUUUGGCUCAUUUCUCAACUCAUGACACAAACUCACCAAACUGAGCAACAGAGGGGACAACACUGCUCACCCAACAGCACAUAUAAUCUGAGCUGCCGACUGUAAGUUUGGUUUUACAUCAUAUAUUUGUAACUGUGUGUACAGAAAUUAAAACCUUAACUUAAGGAGUCAACAGAAAACAGCUGCAGGACAAAUAAGAGGAAGUCUGGUCAUGUUGAGGUCACAUGUCAGGUUUUUCCACAUCAGUGAAAUGGGGGGCUCAGUUUUCAGGAAACUCUGUGAGCCGCUCCCUCCUGCACUCUCUACCUGGUUAGCACGAGCUAACACAUCGAGUCCAUGGUUUCCCAGACAGGAAAAAGAAUGGAGCUAGCUUUCAUGACUGGGUGCGGUUUGUAGAGGUGAAGACACGGGACUAUAUUGCGGCAUCGGUAACAAAACACAUGGCCGUUUGUUGCGCUCAUUUUAGACCGGAGGAUUUGUUGCGGGUGACAUGUUAGUAUAAUGUAAUAUAUUAGUAUAAUGUUAGCCAUGUGAUGCUAACAGUUAGCCCUGUCACUGUGUGUGCGACUCUGUCACAGGCGCAGACCUCACACUCCUGCAGCUAUAGUCUCAGAGAGCAGGGCAGGGUGGGGCUGAGCAAACCAACAUGCUGGGUGCGGCUCUACAAUGAAAUGAAAUUGAGCUGACAUUGAGAUGAGCUUUUUGCAGAUGAUGUGGCUCUGUUGGCUUGGCUGAGUGUAACGUGGUUGGGGAGAGGGUCAGCAUCUUGAAGUCUUAGGUCAUGGUUCUCUGCCGGAAAAUGGUGGAUUGUUUCCUCUGGGUUCGGAGAGUUGGUGCUUCAGGUAAGGGAGUUCAAGUAUCUUGGGGUCUUGUUCACAAGCGAGGGUAGAAAGGAGCGUGAGAUGGAUCGGUGGUUUGGUGCGAGCUCUGCGCUGGACCGUCAUGGUGAAGAGGGAGCUGAGCCGGAAGGCGAACCUUUCAAUUCACUGGUCCAUCUACGUCCCAACCCUCACUUAUGGUCAUGAGCUCUGGGUAGUGACUGAAAGAAUGAGAUUGUGGAUACAAGCAGCCGAAAUGAGUUUCCUCAGUGAGGUGUCUGGGCUCAGUCUUAGAGAUAAGGUAAGGAGUUUGGACAUUCGGAGGGAGCUCAGAGUAGAGCCGCUGCUCCUUCGCAUUGAAAGGGGUCAGUUGAGGUGGUUUGGGCAUCUGAUCAGGAUCCUCCUGAGCGCCUCCCGCUGGAGGUGUUCUGGGCACAUCCCACUGGAAGGAGGCCCCGGGGCAGACCCAGAACACACUGGAGGGAUUCCUUAAAUCAUCUGUCCUGGGAACGCCUUGGCGUCCCCCAGGAGGAGCUGGAAAGCGUUGCUGGGGAGAGGGACGUCUGGGGUGCUUUCCUUGGCCUGCUGUCUCUGCAACCCGAUGAAAUAGAUCAGCAAUCAGAUGAAAAUAAAAUGGAAAUGGCACAGAAUUCACAGGGGUUGGCUGAAUUUGCGUUAACAGACACAUCCUUGAGGGGCUGUUUAAAGACUGCCUGAAUGCAGAAGUAAGCUAUAUUAACACUGCUAAAGAAGAAGUGAAAAAUGUAAAAUAACUUAAAAAUGUCACUGAAAAAAGUCAAAUGAACGAUUGCACAUCACUCUCUUAAAUUUUCUGUCACUUCUGCAGACCACCAUAAAGCCUUGUGAGAGCCGAUUCAGGGGCUUUCUUUAACUUCUUCACAGCUGAUCCAUAAACAUUUGAGCACUCACCUCUCACCUAUAUUUUGUUCCCAAAUGAAGGCCAACUUGUUAAGCAGCCUCGUUACACUUACAUGGCACAACCAGGGGAAUCUAUUGGCCAGUGGGAAGUUAAUCAUUAUGGCUAUUGACAGCCACAGAGAGGAUCAGAGACUUGUCCCGCACUGAGCUAUACAAGGCUCAUAUCUUCAUGUCCUCUGUGCUUCCUUUCUCCUCUCCUCCUCAGAUAAUUCUCUUUCAGACAUGACCAACGUCAAGCCCAAAGCCGAGAGGCAGAGCGAUGGAGCCGAGGGCCCGGACGGAGGCUGGGGCUGGGUGCUGGUGGGUGCCAUGUUCGUCAGCACGAGCCUGGUGUUCGGCCUGAUGCGUUCCUUGGGGAUCUUCUUCGUAGAGUUCGUGCAGUACUUUGAGGAGAGCGCCCAGGCCAUCUCUUGGAUCUCGUCCACAGGCCUGGCAGCACAGCAGUUCUUCAGUCCGCUGGGUGCAGCACUAUGUAAUGCAUAUGAUGCCCGGGUGGUGGUGAUGAUGGGGGGCUGUCUCGCUGCGUUCGGCCUCAUCCUCGCCUCGCAGGCCACCUGUCUUGUUCACCUCUACCUCACCAUGGGUGUCAUCUCAGGUUUGGGCUGGGGGCUGAUCUUCACUCCCAUGGUAGCUACAGUCAUGGCUAACUUCACCCGCUGGCGUGCCCUGGCGUUAGGAUUGGGCUUCUCCAGCAUUGGCCUCUCCUCCUUCGCAUUCAACCCGCUGUUCCAGUGGCUGGUGGAGAUGUAUGCGUGGCGAGGGGCUCUCCUGAUUCUGGGGGGCCUCAGCCUCAACAUUGUGCCCUGCGGGGCUCUGAUCCGCCCAAAGCAACGCUCUAAAGCCCCGACAAAGGUGGACUCAAAGAGCAGGACAUCAUGCACUGCGAUGCUGCACCGUGUCUCCUCCUACCUGGAGCUGUCUCUCCUCUUUGAGAGGCCGUACAUCACCUACACAUUCGCCGUUACGCUUCUUAACGUCGGCUACUUUGUGCCGUAUUUCCACCUGGUGGCCCACAGCCGCCAAGCUGGCUUCUCAGAGUACCAAGCUGCUUUUGUCAUGUCAGCUGCCGGUGCUACAGACAUUCUGGGGCGAGUGGUGUCGGGCUGGUUCUCAGACCUGCGUCACUUUCGGCUGAUUCAUUUACUGACCAUGUGGACAACGCUGGCGGGAGUCUUCAUCAUGCUGCUGCCUGUGAGCUCCUUGUCCGGCUCCUACGCUGCACUGAUGGUGAUCAGCCUCCUCUACGGCUUCUGCUCCGGGGCGCUCACGUCUCUGGUGUUCGCGGUGGUGCCCAUGAUUGUGGGCGUAGAGCGCAUGAUGGGGGCCCUCGGGCUGCUGCAGCUCAUCGAGAGCGGCGGGGGGCUGCUGGGGACACCACUGUCAGGGUUGCUCAAGGACGUCACAGGCAACUACAUCGCCUCCUUCGUGGUCGCGGGCAGCUUCCUCGUUCUCGGUACCUUGACCAUGGCCACUCUGCCUCACUUCUUCUCCUGCAAAGAUCCGCCGCCUCCUCAGAGACGUUCCCUUCAAGACAGUACCAAGGGUUUACACUCAGAGCUGGAACAGAUGAACAGUUUGCCUUCUGACACAAACCACAGAGGAGUUAAUGAUCUGACACCUGCAGUAAACAGUAACCCACAAGACUGUGUAAGUUAAGGAUUCGAGAGCCUUGUUGGGACUCCUCCAGUCCAGCCAGUGUGACGAUGGCGCCUCCCUGAAGGCACUGUCAGUUAAUAUGCUGCUCCACUUGUCGCUGAAUGGCGUGUUGGAUACGUGUUUGCAUUAUACCUCAGAGAUUCAGACCCAAAGAAAGAAGCUAACUGUGAAAACUCCAACAGUGUAAAGGGGCCAGUGAGUUCCUCACUCUGUUACACAUCCUAACCUCAGUUUAACGUUUAGACCAGCACCUUCUGCCUGAAUGGAAACACUGUGCGUUUAAAUACUUUGUAACGUACAGAUGUGUGGUUCCAAGUUGUUCUAUACUUGAGUGGAAAACUAAGAGGCAGAACAUUUAUUUUAAGUUGUUCGUGUGAAUGUAAGAUGUGAAUCUGAUUCUGUUAUUGUGAGAUUUUUACACGUACAUGAUUAAAAUAACUUUGUUGUUUUUCAGCUUGGACCGUAUUUUCACGUUUUUGUGUUUAAGUGACAAAUGGGAACAACUAUUGUUGAAAUUGGUCCAGUAUUCAGAGAGCACACUGCAGCAGGAAGCAGCAAAACAAGCUGCAAUGUCACCACCUGGGGCGUGUUUACUUCUCAGUUUACGUCCACUAAAAGUGUUUGUUUUUGCCACUGAUAGGCUCGGAUUGUUAUUUUGUCGUGCCUAACAACAUUUUGGAAAGGAUCCCAACAGAGAUAGACCUUUUUAACGUCCUAACCCCCUAACCCUAACCCUAACGUUGGCAUUCAACUUUGUCCUGACAUUGAUUUGGGUUAUCUGAGAUCACAACGUAAAUUCAACCAAAUAUCUAUUGAUGUUGAUGGCAAACUGGGAACCACUCAGGAUGUGUACGUCCACUAAAGGUGUUUGUUUUUGCCACUGACAGGCUCAGAUUGUUAUUAUAAGUGCCAAACAACAUUUUGGAAAGGAUCCCUACAGAGAUAGACCUUUUUAUUAAAGAGUAAGAUUGCUUUUAUUUGACCAAAAACAGUCUUGAAAUCACCACAGCCAAACCCACCAGACUCCAUUUAAAUAAACAGUAAUUUUGUCGUCAUAAAACGCACUUCAUUCAAAGUCAGUGGAAGCAAAAUAAAACUCACAAAAAUGGUCUUGGUUCGUCUUCCCACUGACCCAACAAUCACCAACUCUGGUUUGGUUGAAAUAAACCCUUAACUCAUCCAGUGAGAUGUGAAGACAUGCUGGCUCUAUACAUGCUAAAAUUACCUAAUAUUUACAUGGAGUCUGGUGGGUUUGGUGAUGGUGAUUUUGGAGGCUGUUUCUGGUGAAACAAAAAGGAUUAUAAGCUCUAUCUCUGUAGGGAUCCUUUCCAUAAUGUUGUCAGACACUUCAUAUAACAAUCUGAGCCUGUCAGCGGCAAAAACAAGCACCUUCAGUGGACGUUAAGUGACAGUUGCCCCCAAGGUAUAACAAUGCAGCAUGUUUUGCCACAGCGCUCUCGCUCAAUACGAGACCAAUUUUAAAAAAUAGUUGUUCCCAUGAGUUACAGACACACAAAAACAUGGGAAAAUAGGGUCCAAGGAAAAUACCAGUGUCACCCUUUAAUCUUCGCUAUCCUCAUUUAAAUUACACUGCUCAAAAAAAUCAAGGGAACACUUAAAUCACAUAUCAGAUCUUGAUGAACAAAUUAUUCAAGUGUUAAAUCUUUACUGAUGCACAUUGUCUAAUUUGUUGAGAACAAAAUGACGUAAUAACUGUCAGUGGAAACCAAAAUCAUCAACUCACUGAGGGCUGGAUUCAAAAUCACACCGAAAAUCACAGGUUGAUCCAACUCAUAAUGUGACUCAGUAGUGUGUGUGGCCCCUGUGACCUGGAUCAAGGCAUCACUGAGCUCCUGGACAGCGUCAGAUGCACCGAUACAUAACGUCACAUAGGUGCUCAGUUGAGGUCAGUGGAACCAGAGGGCCAGUCAAUGGCAUCAAUGUCGACAUCAUCCAGGAACUGCUUACACACUCUGGACACAUGAGGCCAGGCAUUGUCCUGCACCAGGAGGAACCCAGUGCCUGCUGCACCAGCGCAAGGUCUGACAAUUGCCCUGAGGAUUUCAUCCUGGUACCAAACAGCAGUCAGGGUACCGUUGGCUAUGACAUGGAGGUCUGUGCGACCCUCCAAGGACAGGCCUCCCCAGACCAUCACUGACCCACCUCCAAACCGAUCAUGCUGGAUGAUGUCACAGGCAGCACAACGUUCACCACGGCGUCGCCAGACUCUUUCACACCUGUCACAUGUGCUCAGUGUGAACCUCCUCUCAUCUGUGAGGAGAAUGUGUCACCAGUGCCAGUUCUGGUGUUUUCUGGCGACUGCCAACCAAGCUGCAUGGUGCUGGGCUGUGAGCACAGGUCCCACUAGAGGACGUGGGGCCCUCAUGCCACCCUCAUGGAGCCUGUUUCUGACAGUGUGGUCAGAAACAUGCACAUCAGUAGCCUGCUGGAGGUCAUUUUGUAGGGCUCUGGCAGUGCUCCUCCUGCUCCUCCUCACACAAAGGAGCAGUUUUGAGCAGUGUUGACUUGAUGUUAGACUGUGACCAUUAAGUGUUCCCUUGAUUUGUUUGAGCAGUGCGAAUACUUUUAAUUAGGCACAAAUGCCAGCACACAAGGGAAACUGACAAUCAGCGCCACUGGAUUAAUCCACUGUUGGCCCCGUCCCUCCUACUGUCUGAGCACUGCGUGAGUGUGUGUGCAACGCCAUCUCCAAAAAACUGGACUACAUAAUACGGCUACACAUGUCAACAAAUAUUUUUAUAGUACUGAUUGUUUACCCAGUAAACAGUGGGACAGAGUCUCAGGUAGUGAACCAGGACUUGUCAUAAGCCCUUUAACAUUUCUGCAAACAUUGUGCCUGUUGGUGUAAACUCUUGUUGGUCUUUACUGUGGAAUAUGUGUGUGUAGAUUUCUGAAUGAUUAGCAGCACCUCUCUGAUUUACAUAAGCACACCAGCAUCUCUUAAAGAGCUGCAGACUCCAGCACUGUUUCCAGCGACUCCCUUCCAGCCUCAGGACUUCCACUCUCCAAUCAGAGCAUCGAAUACAAGACUGUUAUUUGUGAUUUCUCAAGUGCUUUUUCUCGUGACACAAUCACUGCUUCAGAGCCAUAAACUGUCUUUGGAAAGAACAGAUAUAUGGCUCUGAGGACAGCUGAAGGAACGCCAGGUUCGCAGGACAGAGACAGCGGGGUCACUGUGACCUGCUGGCUUCUUUUCAGUGUAAAAGGUGUGUGAGUUAUAGCUACACACACUUGACAGAAAUAUAAAAUACACGAUUGUUUUUGCUGCUAGUGGAACAUUUUUGUCUUAAGCAUCUUUUCCUCGAUGUCUGAUUAAAAGCUGUGACUCUCGCUGUGUCGUCUUAAAACGACCACUCACACAUCCAGGCUACAACCUGACACUAUGAUAUGUUAAAGUGCCGUAUUUUGUACACACUCCUGAUUAAAAGUCACUGUAUUUUGUUUUAA